AUGGCGCGGGAUCGGGGCGGCUCUGUUUUUGCGACAGAUGAGCGAUAUUACAUCGAUAACGGAAUCAUGAUUGCCCAGGCGGGGAUGAUAACGUAUAAAACGGGCUUCCGCACCCCACUGAAGGAAUCUACCUACACCCAACGAUUCCGGACAGACGAGGUAUUUGUGGGUUGGCGAGACUAA